AUGGCGCUGAAAAGCCCUCUGCCGGGGGUGCAGUUCCGCCGCAGCCAGCCGAAGGAUGCGGUGCAGCUGGCGGGGCUCCUGCAGCUGGGCGACGCCGUGCAAGAAGGGAUCCCCACACCGGGUGUGUUUCGCAUCCACAGCAUGAGCGAUUUUGCCACCGUCAUUCAAACUGCGUACCUCUGCGUGACUGCAGUGCGUGACACUGCCGCGACCGUAAAUGGGUCUCAGGCCGAGGAGGCUGUGAUCGGAUUCAUUGCGCUCAGCGAUGAGUUGCCGGGCGUGAGCCACCGGUACGGCACCGCGAGCAACGGCGACGCAGGCGAGAAGAUGCUCGAUAUGGAGCAGGUGACGGCUUUAGCAGAGAACACGACCGGCGCCGUGGUGGGGGCGACGUUGGAGAACAGCCUGUGGCUGCGCAUGCUCAUUGCUCCGGCGAGUGACACCCUUGUCGAGGCGAGCUCGGCGACAACUGCCAUCUCGGCCACCGACACAUCCGUUUUGGCAGCCUCGCAAUACAAGCCUUUUACGUCGGGGGAGAUGGUGAUGAGUCUGUUCCGCGCCACUUUGGGCACGCUGAGCGGCAUCGAGCAUAUCUUCAUGUCCCUCGGCUCUGACUUUCCGAGCCUGGAGUCGAUGCCCGGUGUGACACCGCUAUCGUCCAAGGUAGCUGGUGUGCUCCCUGUGGCUUCGUCGUCGACCCAUCAUGCGUCGACGCGAACCUUUCUGCACCUCUCCCGCGCCACGGUGCUCCCCCCGCUUACGAUACGUCAAGGCAGAGUGGAGGACUACGACGACGUCGUGACGCUGCUCAUUGCUGGUGGGCCAGGAGUCAUCACGCAGCUACCGGAUGACUUCUUCCUGGAAGAGAUUCUACAGGAUCAGGACACGCAUAAUAAGGUCGUCGUCGCCGAGAACAGUGUAACGCACGAGGUUGUCGGUGUCGCGUGCCUGCGCCAGUUGACAAUGGAGGAGCAGCAGCACACGGCCCGGCUGUACAACACGGAUGCCCUCGACCGGCUGAAGCGUGUGAGCGCGGAUGCAUCAGGGAAUGAUGCCCAGCUCGACAACGGGCUCUCGUGCACCUUCAGCAUCUUCUUCCUGUACUUCAACCGCGAUUUCGACCACAGCGCGUAUCGGCUCCUGCCGUUCUUCUUCCACGAGUUCCCCACGUGCGACUACGCUACGCUGCGGCUGUCGCACACGUUGCCGUUACCGGAGCCGAUGAUACUGGAGCGAUUCCAGUACAUCCCGCUGCGACGUUAUCAGCCACACAACGCCCGUGGCGAGUUGGUGCCGGCCCCCGAUGCGCUAUGGGUGUGCCCCCGCGUGUCCAUGGCGAUGGAUCACGGCGUGCAGGCGCGUGUAGAGCUUCUGACAGAUCCUUGCAACGCCAUGCUGCGCAAGAAGGUGCUCUCCCUGUUUCCGGCACCCAAUAAAGCUUCUACGUCGACGUCCGCGAGCCGUAACGCUAGACCGGCCGGCUCGGGUGUCCGCGCGGCGCUGCAUCACCAGGAGAGCCGAAGCGGUGCCAGCGGUGCUCUCCCUGGAUUUCCGGGGAUCUCCGUGGAGCUGCUGGCUGCGCUGGAAGAGGACUUGGAUGCGUCAGCGCCAACGGCGUCUCAAGGAGGCGACAAUGAGAGUGGUGUAGUGACGCAGAACCGCACCGUGUUCGCCCUCACAUGGGGCGAGCAUUCCGCCGGCGGCGCCGCGGGUGUGUUGUCGUCCGCUGCGGUGGUCGGCGUGAUAUCGGUGCAACCUCUUUCGGUUGCCGAGAUGUACGCGCUCCGUGCCAACUACGACCUCGACCGCUUCCUCGCCUUCAACGCGGCCCAGGGGUUCAACUACGCAGCCACCGACAUCUCGCUUUCCGCAGAGGAGGGGCCACUGCGCUACCGCUCCUCGGAGCUGCCUGGAAUCGUCGUCCGCUUCGUCUACAUUCGCCCCGUGUUCCGCCAGCACCUCAAGUUCUUCCUGCGCGAGGUACUCCGGCAGACUCAGACGGAGGUGAUGCUCCUGCUGACGAACACCAGUGCGGAGCUUUACCAGACCGCCGUCGCUUCCUUCACCUUCGCCCCACCGCGGCGCGUCGUCGAGGUGGCAGCUGAGCGAAAGAAGAAGGACUUGAACCCGCUUAUGAGCACGUUCGGCAACAUUGCCGAACUCCCUGAGGUGAACGAUGUGACGCCGACCGUGACUCAGAACACCGCCACCGCUGAUGGCAAGGAGGAGACGACGCACACGGGGCUGGAGCUGAGCUCUCUCUUCUUUACGACGCGCCGCUUUCUCGGCGACGAGCGGGUGCACGUGCACCCGCGCGUGGUGAUUGUUGGCGCCAGCGCCACGGCACUCUGCAUGCUGUACGAACUCCUCUCCGUGCCCUACUUGGACUACCUGAGCAUCACUGUCGUGUCGACGGACGGCAUGCCGUUGCACCCGAAUCAGCGCCCAAUGCGCCAGUGGCAGGUGGAUGGGAUGGAGCUGUUGGAGCGGGAGUACAUGCGCCUGUGCCUCGGUGAGGGAAUGAGGAGUACGCAGUCGCUCAGCUUUGGCGCGAACACCAUCCGCGUCGUCGAGGGCACUCUCAUCGACAUUGACACUACCAUGAAGUUUGUUCACCUAGAGAACAGCGUUUACGAGCCGUACGACCAGCUGCUGCUUGCGACGGGGCGGCAGUACAUUGUGCCGCCGCCGAUCCGGGCACUGCAGCAACAGGAGGCACACGGUGCCCGCGGCGGCAUCACGGCGCUCUCGAACGAGGUCUCCGAGGCUCGCCUGCGCCAAACGUUGGCGGAGCUGAGCCAGUCGGUGAGCGGGUCCAUCGCGAGCAUCGUUGUGUACGGCUCCGGUCUUGACGCCAUUGCGACGCUCUCGACAAUGGUAUCCAUAGGCUUCCCUGCGCAGCGGCUGGUUCUGUGCCGACCCGACGCCGAGCAGAUGCCGUUUACCGACGCUGCCUGCGGCCAGGCGACGAUGGCGCUGCUCCGUGCGCUCGGUGUGACGGUGCUGGACGGCUACGGCGUCUCGCGCUUGGAGUUCGACGAGGAGACGCUAACGUCCGUGCUCCUGGCGUCUCUUUCCCACGAGCGCAAGGCGGGCGACGCCGUCGAGCUGCCGUGCGCGCUGAUAGUGUGCUUGGAGGAGAAUGAAAUCGACCGCAACGUGCUCACGGCGCUGGCGAAGAGGUCGAUUGUCUUUGAUGGCCGUGUCAUUGUGGGCAGCGCGUAUGAGACCAGCCGACCAGAUGUGCUCGCCGCUGGACCGGUCGCCAUGUUCACUCGUCGCUACGGCGCCACGGAGGCUUUCGAGGCGUUCAACCCGCGCGACGUCGGCAGAGAUGUGGCAGAGGUGCUGCUCGCUCGGCUUGGUGUGAAGGAGUUCCAGGCGCGCACCGCGACAGCGAAUCACCCGCAGAAGGGCCCGGUGGGCCACAGAUCGACCGACAACAACAGCUUGCUGAGCGUCAUGCACAACCAGCCGCUGGACAGCUCCGCCGCCAUUGGUUCGCCGUCCUCAAUGUUGCAGGACGCAACGCAGGAACAUAGCAAAUGCGGCCCGAUACUGCCGUCCUACACGUCGCCCGUGUCGCGCCGAGUGCGUCUCCCAUGUGGCUACCAGUAUGUGAGCACCGUCCGCGGCUCCGCUGCCUUUGUGGCAGAGGAGUGCAUCCCUCUCCAGUUCAGCUCCACCGACAUGCUCAGCGUCCCGCUCGACGACGUUCAACUUUUGAGAGGCGCGUCGACGGGGAGAGUGGCCGCGGCGUUGUCAUCGCGUGAGAUGAUGACCCUGUACGUCCACGCUCGGCAUCGCACAAUCGACGGCAUCGUGUACUUUGGCAACGGCACCCCUGAGGUGCACAACUACCGCUCCUUGAUCGGGAUGCCGGAGUCCCUGUUCCACCUGCAAUACCGCUACAGUGAGGCGAUCAGCAAGCGCGACAGCACGGGUGGCGGCUCCUACCCCAACAUAGCAGUGCUUGGCGGGAGUGGGGCCACGACAACUCCAGCCGGCGUUCUGACGGUGCCGCUCCGCAACCAGCAGUUCGACCUCAUCUCGUAUCUUCGGCUGCCGACACUGAAGCCGCUCCUCACCGACCGUUUUGCUCGCUUCUUCUGGCAGCUCCAGCGUGACGUGCAGACAGCAGAGGAGGUGGUGGCUGUCCGUGAGCGCGUGCUGGCCGCUCAACAGGCAGCUGGAACGCUGACGCCGGACGACGUAGCCAGCCGCGUAGCGGCGUUGACAGACGCAAAGGCGUUUCGGUACAAGGUGCAGCUUGCGCUUCUCAAGUACAUGCACGAGAGCAAGGACACACGUUCGCAGGACAUGUACCUGCCGAACAUCGAGAGGCAAAUGGCAAGGAAAAGAGUCGUGAUGUAG